CCUUCCAUUAUAUACAGGAUGUUCCAGACUCUUCUACGCAAAUUUUGUGAGAACGAUUUGAGGUUCGUGAAACUUAUGGAAAGUACUUUUAGCAUACCUCUCGCUGUACAAUUAAUAACAGUUAUCGUGUCAAUAAGCUGUACUUUGUUACAAUGUCACUUUUUUGUACUUGAGAUAACGAAGCAGGAAGCCGGGGCUAUAGAGGCAACGAGGUACGCAUGUUACGUGAUGGGUCAACUGUUUCAUUUGUUUUGCCUCAGUUUCGAAGGACAAAAAUUGACCGAUUACAGUCUUGGGAUGCGUAACAAAAUAUACAAUAGUUCGUGGUAUCAAACAUCCAUAAGAUCACAGAAGCUGCUUAUUAUGAUGAUGAUGCAGAGUUCGCAGCCGACCUUUGUGAGCGCCGGCAAAAUUUACAUUUUCUCAUUGGAGAGCUUCACUAUGGUAGUGCAAACGUCGGUGUCUUACUUUACCGUUCUCGCAUCAUUUCAAUAGAACUAUGAUUCAUAUUAGUGCUGCAUCUAACAAUUACACUAUUGCUAUUCCACAUUGGAUAGUACUAUUAGUACUAAUAUCUCAUAUUAGAUAAAAUAUGUGUAUGCUUAAUUCUUUUAUCAUAAUAACUUUAUUAUAAUAGCUUCGAAUUGCGAGAUA